UAUUUCCUCAUCAUGGCCAUUUGCAUCUCAGCUACAGCAAACCUGUCUUGUCUUCUCUUGCCUGACGCUUCUUUCGCAGAUAGAAAAUGGUUCCAAUGGAGGUAUUGAAUGGGGUCCAGAAUGUUCCAGAACCCAGUCCAGAAAGUGUGGGCCUGAAGGUUCUAGAUCCCAGCCCAGACAAUGAAAGAACCAUUCACGGUUUUGCCCACACCAUGGCUGAAGACAUAAUAUACUCAGCUACAUACGAGUCCUCAUCCGGGUGUCCUCCAGUCCAGGAGAGACUGGCUGAGAAGUUAGCCUCUCUGGCCAUCACAGCUGCCUUGAAGGAAGCAAUUAGAAGUGAGAUAUUUUGGUCUAAUACAAGAUCUAGGUCAUAUUCCAACCCCAGCCCAUCCUCAGAUAGAAGGGAGCAGGAACUACACAAUACAAAACAUGGGGAGGUUCAUAUGCACACAGAGAUGAGUGGCAAUGGUGAGAAACCUCAAUAUAAUCCCAAUGUGACCAUCAAGUCCCACAGCUCUGGAUCAUCCACCUCCACUUCACAACCCUCCAAGCACACCCAUUCCUACUGCUCCUUCUUACCCCAGUCGGGGCUUCCUACAGUGGGAUCACUGGACUACCCAGAUGCCCCCCCAACCACACCUCUUUUCCCAGAGAUGGUCCAGAGCAGGGCUAGCUUUACCCAAAAACUAAAGGGGGGUUUGGCUAAAGAGUUCCUCCCCUCGCCCCCUCCCCCUACCCCUAAGGAAAAGCACAGAGAGGGAGGGCUCGCAUUGGAGAAUGUGGGGGAGGUCGAGGACACCCGGGAGGGGGAGGAUUUCAUGGGGCGUCUGUUGAGCUCUCUUUCUCUAGAGUGUUCUGAGAGAGAGGAGGUUUGGAAAGAAGAGGAAGCGUUUGAUUUACCAACAGGUAUUUUGACGGACGGUUAUGAAGAGCGAGGACCCCACGGAAGGAGAGCCAAGCUGAUGGCAUAUGUGGAUGCACUAUAUGUGGAUGCACUCUCUGAUGAGAUCACCACCUGGAUGACAAAUAACAUGACAAAUAUUGACGACCUCUCUCUGAUAUGUGAUCAAAUGGUUGAUCAAAUCAUCACAUCCUCCAUGAGUGAGGUGAGGCUGAGGAAGUACGUUGGAAGGCUGGUCUCAGAUGCACUCUCCCUGGGAUGGGAAGAGCAGAAGGCAGCCUCUCUCCAUGACUCCCUGGUUCUCCGGCAGGAGCAGACAGGGAGAAGGGAACCAAAUCCAGUGGACCAAGAGGCUCAUCUAAUUGUCUAUCCCUAUCCAACCAAUCCCAACCAGUCAUCCAGAGUCCAACUUUGUUCACCCAAAACCAAUGAGAUGGAUCUGGAUCUGACCACCAACACAGCCCACCCUCCAGCCCACUCGCCAACCUCUGUAAUCAGUCAAUCCUAUCCUGAAGACUUGGCCUGAGCUGUGGUGAGGUGUUGUGUAAUGGAAGCCUCCAGGAAGCAGUGUAUGUAGCUCUCCAGGGUUGCAUCCCAAAUUACACCCUAAUCGAAUAUGUGUAGUUUUCCAGGCUGGUUGGACUGUGUUGGACGGCCUGGUGGUAAAGAAAAAAUAACUGACCCCAAGAGUGCACCAUUAGAGUAAUAGUCAGCUCCUGAAGAAAGUGUUGUAGUUGGAAAACAGUUGGUAAUGUCAAAACUGAUGAGCUUGAUAUACACUGCUCAAAAAAUAAAGGGAACACUUAAACAACACAAUGUAACUCCAAGUCAAUCACACUUCUGUGAAAUCAAACUGUCCACUUAGGAAGCAACACUGAUUGACAAUAAAUGUCACAUGCUGUUGUGCAAAUGGAAUAGAAAACAGGUGGAAAUUAUAGGCAAUUACCAAGACACCCACAAUAAAGGAGUGGUUCUGCAGGUGGGGACCACAGACCACUUCUCAGUUCCUAUGCUUCCUGGCUGAUGU